GCACAUUUAUACCGACUUUUUGCCGAACGUGGCAACGGUGUUCAACGGCAAGUGGUGGAUGCGUACACAGAAUUUACAAACAUCUGGUGUUUGUUGUUGUGCACAGUGAAUUUGUUGCGAGUAUUCAAAAGUGUUUUCAGAUUGUUUUAGCGGCAAUUAUAGCAUUGUUAUCAUUGAUAGACAAUUUUCAAGGCCAAUGGGACGUCGGAAGUGCAUUCUUUGUGGAGUUAGCAGUGAAAAAACUGAGGCAACCUUCCACAGGUUUCCUAGUGAUAAGAAAAAACAAGAAGAAUGGUGCACUAUCCUCAAUAUUGACAUAAAUGAUCUACCACUUCAUGCCUUUAUUUGCGCAAAUCAUUUUCACAAAAGUGAUUUAAUAGAAGGCAAAAGAACUCGACUAAAGCAUUCAGCAGUUCCAUCAGUAGAGCCUUUUAGGCAAACAGAUGAUUCCAGUGAUGAGGAGAAUGAAAUCAAUCUUGCCCAGGAAAUUGCCCUAAGCCAUUCAAAUAGUAAACAACUGGAAAGCAGGGAUCUACCUAGGUAUGAAAUUUGUUUUUCAGAUGUUUUACAUCCAUAUCUGGAUCAGCAUAUAUCUAUACAAGAACUUUUUGACGCGCUAAAUGGCUAAAAUGGCUAUCAGAGUCUACAGAGUACGCUAAAUCCCCAAGUAUACCGUUAUGUAUAAAACGAUUUAUAAUCCAACUUAAGCUCCACAAUAAAUGUAGUCUCAAGAUCUUCCUAAACAAUAUUUCAUACAGGGUUGACCAAACAGACUAUUGUACAAUAUGUAAUACUCGAAAGACCGAAUCUUUAGGACAUCUCCUCCUAGAAUGUCCAUUAUACAAUCCAUUGAGAGAGCAUAUUCUGUCA